AACCUGGCACAACUCUCCUCGACCACCCUCGUCAAAAGAGUUCAUUGCCCCCGGCUGCAGCGCUGCAAUGGAUCACGAGAGUCUGCGCACCGCUUCCGCCUACCUCAACAACCUGCUGCUCGCCCGCGGCCUGCUGCGCAACAGCGAGGCCAUCGACUUCGUCAAGCCGUCCAAGGAAAGCCGGGCGCAAAUCAUUAAUCUCGUGCACGACCUGAUCCUACGGCAAGACCGAGACCGCGAUCAGCGAGAGCAUGUCGCCACCACCCUACGCUCACUGCGCGCCGAGGGCGAUCGGAAAACGCACGAGCUUCAACGACUGACCACCCAACACGAGGAGUCGGCGCGUUCUCUAGUUCAGGCACAAACCGCCGAGCGUACCGCCAAAGUCGAAGUGAAGAAGGUGGAAGGCGCACUAAAGACAUUGCAAGAGCAGGCCGCGAAGCUGAAGACCACGCUGGUGCAGGUCAAGGCGCAAUGCACCAACGACGUCCGCAAGCGCGACCUCGAAAUCGCCAAGCUGAAGACGCAUCUGCAGGGCCAGCAACGAGGCAACAAGGUCGGCAUGGCCGCGCCGAGUCUCACCAUCACCGGUGCCCCGCGCAAGCAGAACAUUGACGCGUCGAUGCACGAUCUUGGCGAUCCGGAGUACAGUUUGAAGCAAGAGACGACUGAAUUCCUGACGCAAUUGGGCCAGAGUCUGAGCGAUGAGAAUGACGGUCUCAUCACGCUGGUGCGAGGCGCUUUGGGCACGAUGAGGGAAUUGCUCGGCCUACCGGCGACUCACACUCAUCCUGAUAGCGCGGUGGGGAGCAUAUCAAGUGCUGAGGAGGGCAAGAAUGGUAGCCAAAUGCUGCACGCGCUGCCGACCUCGUACGACACUCUGGCGGCGGACAUGGAGACCACCAUUACUCAGCUGAAGACCGUCUUGACGAAUCCCAACUUCGUCUCUAUGGAGGAGGUGGAGGUGCGCGACGAGGAAAUCGUGCGGUUGCGCGAAGGUUGGGAGAGAAUGGAGCAGAGGUGGAAGGAUGUGCUGCUGAUGAUGGAAGGCUGGCGGCAGAAAAUGAACACGGGACACGCUAUCAACGUGGAGGACCUGAGGGUGGGCAUGGGUCUCGUAUCGCCGGAGCAUCUCAGGAGCGGCAUCCGUCGAGAAAGUGUGGUGGACUCAAGCUUUGUCAACGGUGACGUGAGCGAGAUCAAACUGCCGGAUGCGGGACAAGACUCGUCUUUUCUGCUUGAGCCGACGAGCAUCGGAAGAGUGAGUCCGAAGCGGAAGAGGGACGUUCUCGAGCCGCCCGAGUUCUUCGAUCUCCGGCCGUCGAGUCGCAAAUCUGUACCAGUCGCCCCUUCACCGGCACGUGAGCUCGCCGAAGAAGACUUUCUCCUCGAUGAAGAGUUCAGCGAGGUCGAGAGUCACGAAGACAAUAGUCUGCCGCGGAUGACGAUCGCGGAGAAGCUGGACGUUGCCCGCGCAGAGGCGGAGGAAGCCACGGCGGGUGUGACGCGUGAUUCAAUGGCGUACAAAAGCAAGCUUCCCCGCAGCACAGCUGGGACGAAUGGCGUUACGAAGGUGAAGGUCUCGUUUGGAUUGGACGGGGCAUUGGAUGCUGAGCAGGAUGAUACGCUCGGCAAGAUGAGCCCGAUGGCGAAGAAGACGAAGAUCCGAGGCAGACCGAAGCGGAGGAAGAGCACGUUGAGCCCGGAUGAGUUGGAAGAGCUGAUCAAGAGCACUGACGGUUAGCCGCUGAGGCUGCCUUGCUGGUUGCUGGUUGCUAGACAUCUUCACCCUCGUAUGCUGUACUACGCUCGACGAUCAAUCAGUGCCAUCUCGCUGACACCACCAUCGCUUUCGCCCGAGUAGUGCACGAGGUGUGGUGGGUGCGUGCCAACGAACGUGUCGACGAGCAAGACGUUCCCCGCCAAGUACAUAUGGUAUACAUGCACGACAUGCUCGACAUUCACCUC